GAAGAGGCUAGAAAACGGACCGGUGGCGGAUGUUGCCGUCCGGUCUGAGCGGGGUCGGCGGCGGCGGGGGGGCGGGCCGCGCAGGCGCAGAGGGCCUGGGCCGCGCCGGCCGAGGGAGCCUCAGAGCGGGAUGCGGUGACGCCCCUGAGCAGCCAUGGCGGCGGCCGACGAGCUGGCCUUCCACGAGUUCGAGGAAGCUUCUAAUCUGCUGGCCGAGACCCCAGAUGCAGCCACGGCCCGUGGAAGCGAUCAGCUGACCCCACAGGGGCACGUGGCCGUGGUGGUGGACUCGGGUGGCAGCUGUGGGGCUGAGGAGGAGGCCGAGGAGAGUGACAGGACAGCGCUUCUGCAGGAGGAGAAGCAGCAGCCGGGAUUCUGGACCUUUGGCUACUAUCAGAGUUUCUUUGACGUGGACACGUCCCAGGUCCUGGACCGAAUCCGAGGCUCACUGCUGCCCCGGCCUGGCCACAACUUUGUGCGGCACCAUCUGCGGAAUCGACCGGACCUGUAUGGCCCCUUCUGGAUCUGUGCCACACUGGCUUUCGUCUUGGCCAUCACUGGCAACCUGACCCUGGUGCUGGCCCAGAGGAGAGACCCCUCUAUCCACUACAGCCCCCAGUUCCACAAGGUGACCGUGGCGGGCGUCACCAUCUACUGCUACGUUUGGCUGGUGCCGCUGGCGCUGUGGGGCUUCCUGCGGUGGCGGAAGGGGGUCCGGGAGCGCAUGGGGCCUUACACCUUCCUGGAGACCGUGUGCGUCUAUGGCUACUCCCUCUUCGUCUUCAUCCCCACCGUGGUCCUGUGGCUCAUCCCUGUCCCGUGGCUGCAGUGGCUCUUCGGGGCGCUGGCCCUGGCCCUGUCGGCCGCUACCCUGGUGUUCACCCUCUGGCCGGUCGUCCGAGAGGACACCAGGUUGGUGGCCGCGGUGCUGCUCUCAGCUGUUGUGCUGCUCCAUGCCCUCCUGGCCGUGGGCUGCAAGUUCUAUUUCUUCCGGCCACUGCCUCUGGAGCACCUGGCGCCUUCGCUCCAGGCCGCGUCUCUGCCCCCAAAGCUGCUGCUGUCACCCACCCCAAGAGCCAAGACAACCUAGGAAGGCCCGAGCCCGCAGGCUCACCAUGAGGGGACACCUCGGCCUGCCCUACCCCUCAGACGAUGACUGAAGGCUCCCUUGACACCUCGAGACCAUUCUGCUACUUUCAGACUUUUCUUACAAAGCAAACACUUUUAUUUUCUAUGCAAAGGUGAUUUCGAGAAUUUAUAUAAAGGUGGGAAAGGGGCGGCUGAGCAGGGAGCCUUCUGGGGUGGCUGUCACCCCCUGGGCUCCCUGCCAGGCCUUCUGCUUUCCCUGAUGGGAUGGUCGGGAGAGCAGAGGGGGCCACCCCAGCCUCAACGGUGCCUGCCCCUCCUGGGUGCCCAGGGAGCAGGUCCCGGGGUCUAGCCUGAGCUCCACCACAGCCGUGUUCAGAGAUGUUUAGAAAUGGGGGGCGGGGGGAGAAGUAGAAGAACAUUGCCUCUGCUGAAACAUA